AUGGCGGCUGAGGCGUUGAGGGUUAGGCAUCCCGUGUCCUGCGGGCAGGUGGAGACGCACGGCCGGGCCCGGGGAGCCACCGAGGCCCUGUGUAGCCGGUGUGGAAGAAGGGCGCCCAGAGCUCUGGGUCACCACCAUGAACUUCAAUGUGGACAUUCUUUUUGUGACCUGUGCUUAUUAAUGACUGAAGAAUACAGCACAAUCACAUGCCCUGAUUGUGAGGUUGCUACAACUAUAAAUACAAAACAAGAAUACUGCCCAAUAUAUGGAUGUAUUAAAGAAGAUUCUUUUAUGGAAAAAUUGCAGCCUAAAAAGAUGAGGAAUUGUUCUCAGGACUUUGAAAAGACUACUCAUCAACAAACUGUUGGUUUAGAACAUUCAGCCUCCACACCCAGGACUGUUUUGAACCCAUCAGCUGUAAUAGAGGAAAGUAAAACUGUGGAAGAGAUUGAUGAAGCAUUGAAGAUAGCAGGCCAAAAUUUUGAACAAUUAAGUAUUGCUCUAAAAACGCUUGAACACAUACACAGUCAGACAGAAGAGGAGACAGUCUGUCUUACAGAGGUUCUGGAGAAGCAGUUUGAUCAGCUUUUCACUUCUCUUGAUUCCAGGAAGAAGAGCCUGUGUGAAGAAUUAGUAAGAAAUACAGACAAUUAUUUAUCAAAAAUAAUAGUGACUAAAAGCUGCAUCGAAGCGAAAAAAAAUGAUUUGGAUGCAGCUAUGAAGAUAGCAAGAGAAUUAAAAUCUGCACCUUCUCUAAGGAUAUAUUGUGACCUAAAUCAGAUUAUCCGGACUUUGAAGUUAACAUUUGAGAGUGAAUUGUCACAAGUCAGCUCUCUCAAACUAAGGAACUCUCCCAAGUUGAAUAUGAAUUGCAGUGAGAUCAUCUGUAUGUUCAGCAGUAUGGGAAAGAUUGAAUUUGAGGAUUUAACAAGAUGUGAUCCUCAAGAAAGUGAAAUGGAAAAGAAUGGUCAAAAGAAAUACAAUUGUAAAAAGGAAUUUUCUUAUGGUGGUACAUACCUAUCACUAGAAAAGAAAAAAGUUGAUAUUUCUGUCCUAAAUAAUGAAGCCCCACUGACUUCUUCACAAUGGGAAACCAAAGACAUGCAUUUGGAAGCUGACUUCCAGCCACAGAAAGAGGUUGUUGCAGCAACACUUCCUAAAACCAUUGCUGCUCUACCUCAGGUGGGAUCUAGCCCUGAUGUGAUCAUUGAAGAAAUUAUUGAAGAAAACCUGGAAAGUUCUCCAGAGCUAGUUUUUGUAAGCCAUGUAAUACAUCCUUGCCACUUCUAUAUUCGGAAGUAUUCACAAAUAAAAGAUGCAACAGUAUUGGAAAGGAAGGUGAAUCAGUUUUGCAGUAAGAAUUUACACCUUGAUCCUUCAGAUGUUUUGGAGCUAGGUGCAAGAAUAUUUAUCAACAGUAUUGAAAAUGGAAUGUGGUGUCGAGGAACUAUUACUGAAUUAAUUCCAAUGGGAAGUGAAAGUAUUAGGAAACUUUGUAGUCCAACCAAAUUCUCAGUCCAUGAAGUUGCACUAAUACAAAUUUUCAUGGUAGAUUUUGGAAAUUCUGAAGUGCUGAUUGUUGCAGGGGUUGGUGACACUCAUGUGAGAUCAGAACACAUUGCUAAGCAGCAUGUCGUACUAAAUGACUUAUGUCUGGUUCUGAGAAAGUCUGAGCCAUAUAUUGAAGAACUGCUGAAAGAUGUCCAGCCACUAGCACAUCCAUGCUCAUUGAAAGACAUUGUUCCACAGAAUUCAAGUGAAGGCUGGGGAGAAGAAGCUAAAAUAGAAUUUUUGAAAAUGGUAAAUAAGAAGGCUGUUUUAAUGAAAGUUUUUAAAGAGGAAGAUGGUGUGCUUAUUGUAGAUCUUCAGAAACCACCAACAAAUAAAAUAAGCAGUGAUAUGCCUGUGUCUCUUAGAGAUGCAUUAGUUUUUAUGGAACUAGCAAGGUUUAGAUCUCAAACACCAAGACAUCAUUCUGAAAAAAAUACGACUUUACACUAUCCUCUGCCUAUUUUGCCUAAAGAAAUGACAGAUGUCUCAGUUAUGGUUUGUCAUAUAAAUAGUCCUUCUGAUUUCUAUCUUCAGUUGAUAGAGAGCCUGGAUUUUUUAUUUCUAUUAAAGGGAAUUGAGGAAUUCUAUAAAAGUGAAGAUGCAGAAAAUCUGGAAAUCCUCUGUCCAGUUCAAGAUCAAGCCUGUGUCGCUAAAUUUGAAGAUGGAGUUUGGUACCGAGCAAAAGUUAUUGGAUUGCCUGGACAUCGUGAAGUUGAAGUUAAAUAUGUGGACUUUGGCAAUACAGCAAAAAUAACACUUAAAGACAUGCGUAAGAUAAAGGAUGAGUUUCUGAAUCCUGCAGAGAAGGCAAUUAAAUGUAAGCUGGCCUAUAUUGAACCAUAUAAAGGGACAGUGCAGUGGUCAAAAAAUGCUAAAGAAAAAUUUGAAGAAAAGACUCAAGAUAAGUUUAUGACAUGUUCCAUCAUUAAAAUUCUGGAAGAUAAUGUGCUAUUAGUUGAACUUUUUGAUUUUCUUGGUGCUCCUGGAAUGAUUCCCACCAGUAUUAAUGACCAGCUAGUCAAAGAGGGCUUAGCAUCUUAUGAAGUAGGAUAUACCCUCAAAGAUAAUUCUAAAAAGCAUAUUGAAGUAUGGGAUCCUUCUCCAGAAGAAAUUAUUUCAAAUGAAGUAAACAACUUAAUAAAUCCUCUAUUUGCAAAAUCUCUACCUAGUGAGGAUCUGCAGUCACUUUAUAAUAAGGAACUGCCUGUGCACAUCUGCAAUAUAGUGUCUCCUGAGAAGAUCUAUGUUCAGUGGUUAUUAACAGAAAACUUGCUUCAUAGUUUAGGAGAAAAGAUGGUUGCUGCUUAUGAAAACUCAAAAUGGGAACCUGUUAAAUGGGAAAGUGAUAUGCACUGUGCUGUUAAUAUCCCAGAUAAAAAUCAGUGGCGAAGGGGCCAGAUCAUCAGAAUGGUUACUGACACAUUGGUAGAGGUCUUGCUGUAUGAUGUGGGUGUUGAACUAGUAGUGAACAUUAACUGUUUAAGAGAACUUCAAGAAAACCUAAAGACAAUGGGAAGAUUAUCUUUGGAAUGCUCUCUUGUUGAUAUAAGACCAACAGGUGGGAGUGACAAGUGGACAGCGACAGCCUGUGACUGCCUCUCAUUGUACCUCACUGGAGCUGUAGCAACCAUUAUCAUACAGGAAAACAAUACAAUGUGGCCCUUACCUGUGAAAAUUUUCUGCAAAGAUGAAAAAGGAGAGCGUGUUGAUGUUUCUAAAUAUUUGAUUAAAAAGGGUUUGGCUUUGAGAGAAACAAGAAGUAAUAAAUUAGAUAAUAGCCGUUCAUUAUCCCAGAAGUCUCUGGAAAUCCCCCAGGAACAAGGAGAAUCAGUGGUUACUAAGUGUAUUAAGAUUAACUCUGACCCUGACAAGAAAGCUGCUGUUGGUAUCAGUGAACCCAAGGUGACUGAAUUUAGGGAGAAAAUUCUAGAGCCAAGAACCACUGGAUGCUAUAAACCACCAGCUAUUCCUAACCAGAAAGUAUUUGAGGCAGUAGUCAGCUGCAUUGGUGAUGAUGGAACUAUAUUUGUGGUACCUAAAUUAUCAGAAUUUGAACUAACAAAAAUGAUGGAUGAAAUUCAAAGUAAUUUAAAAUGCCUUGGUCUUUUGGAGCCUUAUUUCUGGAAAAAGGGAGAAGCUUGUGCAGUAAGGGGAUCAGAUACUAUGUGGUAUCGAGGCAAGGUAAUGGAAGUCAUCGGCAGCACUAUCAGGGUACAAUAUUUAGAUCAUGGAUUCACUGAGAAGAUUCCACAGUGUCAUCUUUAUCCUAUUUUACUGUAUCCUGAUGCACCCCAAUUUUGUAUUCCUUGUCAGCUCUAUAACACCGUACCUGUUGGGAAUGUCUGGCAACCAGAUGCAGUAGAACUCCUUCAAGAGCUGCUUUCAAAGAGAGAGGUGGAAAUUCACAUUAUGGAACUACCAGAAAAUCCAUGGGGGAAAUUAUCUAUUCAUCUCUAUUUUGAUGGAAUGUCACUUUCUUAUUUUUUGGCACACCAUAAAUAUUGCACUUUUGAACAAUCUGAGGAAAUAUUGAAGGAAAAUCCAACAGAUUACAAUAAAAAGCUUGAGGAAGAGAGAUGGAAGAUAAGGUUUGAGGAUUUGCUUUUGCCUGAAACAGAGACUCCUAUUUUACCACCAUAUUUGUCUUCAUCUCUGCCUCCCCCUGAGGAACUCUAUGCUGUUCAAGUUAAGCACGUUGUCUCACCCAGUGAAGUAUAUAUUUGCCUUGAUUCUGUCGAAAGUUGUAGUUUGUUUAACCAGCACAGUGACACAGAAGACAGUGGAGUCGGCUGGGAAUCUGAGUCCGAGAGCCUCGAGGAGGCACUGUGGAGGUUCAAUAAGAAUGUGGAGACAUUCCCUCCUCUGACAGACUUCAGAACAGAAAUGCCUUGCCUUGCAGAAUAUGAUGAUGGCUUAUGGUAUAGAGCAAAGAUUGUGUCCAUUAAAGAAUUUAAUCCUCUAGCUGUCCUGGUGCAAUUUGUUGAUUAUGGAUCAACUGAAAAGCUGACAGUAAACAGACUGCGUCAAAUCCCUCUUCAUCUUAUGCAGUAUCCAGCCCGAGCCAUAAAGGUUCUCUUGGCAGGGUUUAAACCACCCUUGAAAGAUGUAGGAAAGACAAGAAUACCAUAUUGUCCGAAGUGGAGCAUGGAAGCAUUGUGGGCCAUGAUAGACUGUCUACAAGGAAAACAACUUUAUGCUUCUUCCAUGGCUCAGGUACCAGAACAAAUGGUGACUUUAUAUGAAGAUAAACAGUAUCCAGUUCAUAUGUCAUUAGUAGAAAUGGGGCUUGCAGACCGAGAUGAAUGA